CGUGUGUGUGUGUCACAGCAACGUCCAGCAGGGGGCAGACCUCCACUGGAGCCUCUGUACCAAGUUGCAGUGUUUUUGUUCUGGUUGACUUUAGCUCAACAUUUAGCAUCAGCUGUUUUCAGAGGAUGAAGUUCACAUGUUCGAGACUGAGAGGAACCACCCGUUGAACUGAAACUCUCAGAGAACAACAUGGCGCCUGCAGAUGAGGAGGAGCACAAGGAUCCAGGUGUCAUGGAGGGUGAGAGGGAAGGUGACACCAGCUGGGGUGAAGAGCUCAGGCUCGUCCUCAUCGGAAAAACGGGAAGUGGCAAGAGUGCAUCUGGAAACACCAUCUUGGGCCGGAGGCAGUUCCUGUCUCAGAUCAGUGCGAGCUCCGUCACGCAGAUUUGUGAGCUCGGGAGCGUCGUGCUCGCAGAGGAAGAGGCAGCCGAGGAGGAGGAGGAGGAGGAAGGCCAGGCUGUCACACAGAGGAGGAGGAGGAGGAGAGUCACAGUGGUUGACAUGCCUGGCUUCGGGGACACUCACCUCAGUGUGGAGCAGAUUCAUGCAGAGAUAGCAAAGUGUGUGUGUCUCUGUGCCCCCGGGCCACAUGCCUUCCUGUUGGUGGUGCCAAUAGGACGAUACACAGAUGACGAGGAAAAGGCUGUUUGUGAGAUGUCAAAGAUAUUUGGGGAGGAAGCAGUCCGUCACCACACAGUGGUUCUUUUUACCAGAGGUGAUGACCUGGAGGGGAUAGGGAUUGAAGAGUUCCUGAGGACUGCGCCUGCCGGGCUCAAGGCUCUGAUUGACAGGUGUGGCAGCAGGUACCAUGUCCUCAACAACAAAGACCCGAGUAACUCAGGGCAAGUGAAAGAACUCCUGAUGAAGGUGGACAUGAUGGUGAGGCAGACGACCAGAGGGAUUUAUACCAACGCAAUGUUUUUAGAGGCUGAAGCUGCCAUCAGGGAGGAGCAGGAAACCAUGUUGAGGGAGCGAGGGGACGGAGAACAACAUAACAGCAGCAGCAUGGAGGAACUGGCGAAACUAGCAAAACGAAGAAAGUGUCACCUGGAGUCUGAUGAAGCAGCGAGCAGCACGAGAGGAUCACAAGGGUUCAGAGGGAGGGAGGUAGACAGAGGACAUGAAGAUGACUUUAGGGUGGAGAGAUGGACGGAGGAGAGCAAAGGCAGUGCUCUCAGCCUCCUUAGAGACGGAUUUAAACAAUGCAGGGACCGGUUCAGAGGGAGACAUAGGGGCCGCAGAGUGGCCACCAGCAGGCAACUGUCUCACCUGUCAUCCGUGACUCGUAUGAGACAGGAGGCUGUGCUGUCUCCUAACGUCCUGAGGAGAGUUAAGAUCCUGGUGGCUGCUGGAGCCACAGGCAUGGCAGUUGGGGCAGUGUUUGGUGCAGCAGUCCCUUUAGCGGCUGCAGCUGGAGCUUCUCUUGUUGGAAAUUCGGUGGGUUUCGCUGCAGGUCAACUAGCAGGGAUGUCUGUAGCGGGAGGCACAGGUGUUGGGAAAGCUGUGGGGGCCAUAGUGGCAGCAGCUUCAGGGAAAACUGCCGUGGCACUGGGAGCAGCAACAGGUGGGGUUAUGGGCGGUUCUAUGGGAGCCAUUGUUGGCACUGAGGCUGCCAGUCCUGGAGAGGGUGCUCUGGAUGCUCUGGGGCAGGUUAGUGUCAUAGGGGUCUCUGCUGUGGGGGUGGCAGCAGGAGUUGGGGGGUCCUUGGGAGCUGGGGCUGCUUUAGGUGCAGCUCUGGAGGGAGCUGCUGUCAGCACAGCAGCCCUCGGUGCAGCUGAAACCGCAGCAGUAGGUGCAGCCAACAUGUGUGCAGCUCAGGGUGGUUUAGCUUCAGCAGCAGGGCAGCAUGUGGUGGCCGCUGUAGCCCCUCAGGGUGCUGCUGCAGGAGCAGUCUCAGCUCAGGCUGGGUCUGCUGGGGCUGUGUGUGGGUUCACAGUUCCGAGUGUGGCCAGCAGGGUCGCAUCAGACCCUUGGGGAACUGUGGAGGUAACUACUCGGAUUUUGUCCGCAGUGGCUGAUAUAGGAAAGGCUGCGGCAGGUAUCGCCCUGGCUGGUGGUCUGGUAGUGAAGGUGGUGAAGGAAAAAGUCAGAGGUGGCACAGGAACAGCAGAAACAAGUUACACCGAGAAAAAGUCUUAUGAGAUCCACUGGAACAAAUAAACACAGCCUGAGAGUGGAGAUGUGAUCAAGUGAAUAAAAUUAGAUUUAUAUUUUUAAGUAGCUUCACUCUGCGUUGCUAUUAAACCACCUCAAAUAUUCAGAAGCUGGAGCAUUGUGGUGUGAAGCUGGUAUAAGGCUGGUGAGAUUCUUGAGAUUUCUUUUUUUCCAAGUAUUAAAACACAUUUUAAAUCCUAAUGGGUGACAGUGGGUGGUUGAUUUUGAUUGUUUCACAUGCUGUAAUAUGUAAACCUGAAAAAUGUUUUGUAGUUUUGAACAUCCAUCACCAGCUGCUGUAAACCUAUCAUCAGUUCACUCGUGUUCUGACUUGUUGCGGUGAAAUGAACAAUAAAGUAUUCAAAUGA